GCAAUUUAGGAGAGCUGGUGUUGCGGGGAUUAUCAUUAUUGCACAAACUCAUCGCCAAGUUGACAUUAUCACAUUGCCUUUUCUGUAAAUGCUAGAUUUUUCAGUGGUCCACUGCGGAUAAGCUGGGCAAAAUGAAACCUGAUUGCAGAUAAAGUUGCGGCAAUUUCAAUCUCUUUUAACACAACGGAUAUGACCAACUUGUUGGUGUGGUUGCUUAGGAAACACAUGAUAUCUAUGGCAAUCCUGACAGUUGAUCCCCAGAAACGUUUCAGUUCCUCAUGGAUUGUGAAUGCAUGAGGAACUCAUUGUAUCCUCAUGCAACAUUGCCCUUGCAUUAGGAUUCAAAUCUUUGUUAUAUUUAGGAAUCAUUUCCAAUACAAGAUUGAGUUUGAAUUUCAAUUACAUUGGCGAGUCUCUUUUCCAAUCCAGGCCAUUGUGUUUAGAUUAGCUGAUGGACUCGCCUCUAAUAUACUGUAGAUGAGAUAGUUAUUUGGCAUUAUCUUAGGCCCAGAUUUGAUAUUUGUCAUAUAUCCUAGCUAUGUGUGCGAACAAGGCUAUCAAUUCCCAACGACCCAAACAAACGUGGCGAAUGUGACCUGCCAGGACAAUGGUCAAUGGUCUGAGUUGGAACCUUGUGUGGAAAUCAAAUGCAAUCUAACCGAAGAACUUAAGAAUAAGAAAGUCAAACCAAUUCCUGGAACCAUUUCGCCAUCAUCACGAAAAGAAGUUCAUUGCCUAGAUGGUUUUACCAUAUCCCAAGAAUUAGAGAACAAGUCCUUCCCCAUAACAUGCAAGCUUGGUGGGGUAUUCGAAUACGAUACCAAUUACAACGAUUGUGUUCCAACUUAUUGCCCUUCACCUUGGGAUUCUCUUACGAGCCGAAAAAUGACAUUGGGGAAAAAUCAAGGGAGCACGUGGAAAAUUCAUGAAACCGCAUGGGUUCAUUGUGAAAACACCUCUGAAAUCACUUUUAAAGCUGGGUCUCCCUUCCAUGUACAAGCCACAUGCAUCAUUGAUCACGAGAAUCCCUUCCCGACGUGGACAAGUGCCAUUGAACUAGACGAAAUUGUUUGCCAACAGUAUGAUCAAGCAUGCCAGUUGACCGCAGAAGAUAUCACCUUUCCCAAUGCCAAGCCUGAGCUAGAUUAUCCCGUUGGAUAUUGGGUUCGAACCCUGGAAAUGUUUCCGGUUCAAUGUGACCCCGGGUUUUACUUGGCGACUGACCGUUCUAAAACUGACUUUGACACAACAUGCCAUUGGGAUGGCAACUUAAGAACCGCUAGAAUGGGAUUGGAAGAUGUGGAUGCGGAUGAGAACCUUACUCGUUGUGUGAGCAAUAUCGAAUGCCCCACUGACAUCAUAAUUGAUGCAAUCGCAAGUGAUAUUCAAACCGAUCCCAGUAUAUGGUCGAACGCCCAAUACGAUAACCUGACGAACUUCCAAUACAAUGACAAUAUUAGCCUAUUUUGCUCAGGUGAGUAUGACAUGUUGAAAGCCUCCAAUAGCUGGGUCAAGAAAUUGACUCUCCAGUGCCAAUGGAACACCCAGUGGAAACCUUCUCUUUCAUUGACUGACCUGAGUUGUGAAGAUCGGAGUUGUAGGGGGGCUCCUAUCGCUUCAACGCAAACGACCUCGACUAUGAUAGGACCCUUUGUGAAUGGAUCCAUUGUGGUUGAUUCAGAUGCUUUUCGGGUACAUGAGGGUCAAAUGGUUUUGUACCGAUGCGUUGAAGGUUACAGACUUGCAGGUAGACACACUUUGAUGUCCGCCGUUGUUCCCUGCCACCCACCCCAAAUCACCUUGCCUGAUUGGAUGAAUUGCGUGUCAGCCACAACUUGUCAGAAGAAAAAAUUGGGAAAUGUAAAAGCUCGCCUACACAGCCAAAUUGCAACUAGAUUAGUGUCGCCUACUUGGAUGACAAACCUCAAACACAAUAAUAAAACAAAUCAAACCGAAGUCACUCUGCAUUCGAAUACCGAUUCCACCAUCGAGAGUGUUAUCUUCUACUUCAACAAAACCGUACAUCGUUCUAUUUUUCCGAACAAAAGCUUGGAAUUUUGCCUCGAUAGAUGUCCAAUGGUUGAUCAGGAUUUAAAUGAGGAAACCUUUAUGAUUGUCUUCAAUUGUUCCCAAUUGACAAGAUGUUCCCAGAUUACAAGUCUUGUGGAAAGUAAUAUCCCAAUUCUGAGGAUUGAGACUACAUCGAGAAAAGUUAUGCCGAGUGGAUAUCAUGGUUGUGCUGAACUUUAUCACAAAGGAUUUGAUGGUUUAAAUGGUUUGGUUUCCAAUUCACGACCCCAUUUGGAUCGUUGUGAAAUGGGUUGGACUUACAUUUAUAUCAGAAAACUGAUCGGGAACCAAUCUCUGAGCUCAGAAGAUUUCACUCAACAAAUCAAUUUGGGCAAUUCUUUUUACUGGAUGGGAUUGACGGAUAUAACAAGUUUGACGGCCAGUGUAUUGCACGAGCUCAAAGUCGAGUUUUUCAAAUCCAACGGAGAAAAUACCCAAAUAACCUACAGACAUUUCCGCAUCACUGAAAUACUCAAGGGUUUCGCCUUGGAAAUUGGUGAACCCGACCUUCAUAACUCGGACAUUCCAGACUCUUGGUCGGUCCAAUUUGGUGCCAUUUUCCAAUUCGCCAAUAGCCCCCAAAUAUGUGGAACAAACAGAACCCUUAUUGGAUGGUUUCUAUCAUGCUUAGUGACUGUGGAUUUGUUUGGGGAUCAGUUCUUUUGGAUGGGAUUAAGACAGUCUGACCAGCUCAAAAAAAUCUCAAUGGCAAUACGCCCCCUACACUUUAAUCCUCAGAACAUCUCAAAAGAUGCAUCCAAUCAAAUUUGGGUUACAAUGGAUUCAGAUGUUGCUUAUGGGGAUCGAAUUCAAUUAUUUUGCCCUCCUGGUUAUGGGCUUCUCAAUCCAGAACGUGAAUCUUAUACGUGCGAUUGGGCAGAAGUUGACGAUGAUGGUCCUUUUAAUCAAUGCAUUGCCAAAAGCUGUCCUUUCUUGCCACAUGAGAGGAUCAAUUUGACUAAUAUGGUUCCGACCUUGACACGAAAUACCAAUGAAGUUUUGAUAAAUGAGACAAUAUCUUAUCAUUGUAAGCUUGGAACCUUCUUUGAAGACAACAUGACAAGGAGAGAAAUGAAUUUUACUUGCCAACCAGACAUGAUUUAUGAAUACGAUCACACCCUUUCAACAUCAUGUGUUUCGGACAAAAAAUGCACCAACUGGCUACCGAAACCUCUCAACGGACAAAUGUCUGUGGCCACAUGCCCUCGGAAGGAUGUUGGAUCUUGUUUGGGUUUCUUGACCCCCGCAGUCUUUCCAUUCUGUUCUGAUUUUGAAGUGACCUGGAACUACGUUUACGCUAAAGAUAAAGAAGGCCAAGUUUCAUUGAAUGUUAGUCUGACGCCGUUCUUCAGAGGAAAGGUCGCAUUCGUUUUCUCCCACAAGCUUUACCCGCUCAAUCAGACGACAGCGAGAUUUGACAUUUCAUCCUCGGAACCAUUGUCGAUCGAUGGUUUCAAUUUAGAAGAUUCCUCAUCCGAUUACUUGCCGUGCAUUUUGAAUGUAUUUUGCGGAUCAAACUUGAGUCAUCAUGAAUUAAUGGAAGAUUUAAACCAAACCGAGCUCGGAUUUCACAAUGUGGUCAAGUAUUCUUGCUACGAAACUGAACAGUUCCAGAGGUCCGACGGGUCUUUGUACGGAACGGCUACCCUUCGAUGCGAUUGGAAUGGCCAAUUGUUGGAUACACAGGGCCAGUUGGUAGAGAAUCUGGACCCUUGCAUCGUCUAUGCUUGCCCAAGGCCACCCAUUCAUCUCAAUGGAGCCUUCUUAAGCUUAUUGAAUCACAAUCAAAGCGGGAACGUGGUCCUUCCUAACAAUUCUGUCACCUACAAAUGUCAACAAGGCCGCAGAUUUGGUCCUGAUUCGACCCUUGACAUAUAUUUUAAUGUGUCUUGUCUCGCCGAUGGGAAUUAUUCGACUAAUUGGCCCAUUUGUGAAGAUCCCCUUUCCAAGUUUUGUCCACCUCUUGAAGAAGACGUUCCAAACGGAAGUUACUCUGUGAACAACACUUCCGUUCCCGUUCAAACUGAAAUAGCAUUCAAUUGUGAUUGGGGGUUUAGUGUGCAAUCAAACGCAAGUUAUGGCAACAUUAUAAACGCAACCUCUCAAAGAUUCUAUUGUGAUUGGAACCAGACAUGGGACACCAGCUUGGUUUACCCUUGCGAAAGAACUCAUUGUACAGCCAUUCCAAACGGAACGUACCAUCAUUUGGUUCUCAUGGAGCCAAUUGAUAUGGUUUCUUUUGAGACCACCGUGGUGUACCAAUGUGACUCUGAAAACCGUUUUUUCGAGAAUGACAAAUUCCAACAAACUCUUGAGCUGGAAUGCAUGCCUGAUGGAUUGCUCUACCCUCUGGAGUUAACACAUUGUCUAUUGGAAGAAGAGGUGUUUUGCCUUGAUCCACCUCCGAUGCCACCCCCGGGAGCGAAUCGGUUCUGGGCAGAUGAUGAGAUAUCUUACAAUUCAACAGCCAUGUAUAUGUGCCAAACGCACAAAGAGUCCCAAAAUGUGCCCCAAAUUGAAAGUGUUUGCCAAUGGAACAAAAACUGGACACUCAUCGAUUCAUUUACAUGUCAAGCCACACAUUGUCCCGGCCUCCCAAAUCCCCCUCUAGCCUCAGGAUUGUUUUAUUCUGCGGACAAAUCGUCGGCUAAGAACCUUGCCUUUAUAUAUAACGAUGGCUUAGGACAGCCUUCCCCAAACGAAGGAUAUGUGCUUCCGGUACCAAGAUAUUUCGCGGACGAGCGUGUUCUUAUUAUAGACGGUUUGGUCUUAAGAGACGAAUCAAACCAAUCAGUUCAAUUGGUUCUGAUGAACUACAUCAAUGGCGGAUACCAUGAGAUCCAUUCUAUUGACUUGGAACCUUGGCUAUUUGGCGAAGGAUCCGAGGAGCAUUUCUUGCUUCAGAUUGAGAAACGAAACUCUUCCGCACUUAACAUCACCAACAUGGAUUCUCAGAUUCAAGGGAUUCAAUACAAUCCCCUGUUUCAAGGUUUGAAAGUGAAGGGCAGAGUCAUGGUCAAUUUCAUAGGACUAGUAAAACCGGAUGAGAGUUUUGUCAUUCCUGUUGGCGGUACGAUCGUCUUUGAAUGUCCUCAUAAUCAAGUACUGACAAGUCGACCAUAUUUGGCACCCACGCUCGAUUUGUUUUGUGGAGCCAAUGGAGCGAUCGAUGUUCCAAAUCCGUGGCCCGAAUGUGUUUCUUUUGAAACGGGCAUGAAUAUCAGUAGAACGACUAUUUCAUUUGAAUCAUAUGUGACAGGUAAGGUUUUUUUUCCGUUAGAGAGCAUCGUGGAAAUUAGUCUGAACUCCGAGAGUUCAAGCACCUGUUUUGGAGGUCAGGAUGAUGUCCUGGAACUAGUCGAUGAUUUGACAUACAUGAUCAUCAAAAUGAUUGAAACAUAGUAAUAAAUGGUCUUCCAA